CAUAUUUUGUCAAUAAUCUAAACACGUCAAUUGUUAAAGGCCGGAUUGAGGAAUAAAAAAUAAUAAAAAUGAGUUCUCUUACAUCUGUAAUUCCAAAACUCUAUCAAGAAUAUACUACCAAGACACCUAAAAAGCUGAAAAUAAUUGACGCUUAUUUGUUAUAUGUCUUUCUUACGGCCGUUAUACAAUUUGUAUAUUGUUGCCUUGUCGGCACCUUCCCAUUCAAUUCCUUUUUAAGUGGAUUUAUUUCCACCGUAAGCUGCUUUGUACUCGGUGUUUGCUUGAGACUGCAAGUUAAUCCAGAGAAUAAAAAUGAGUUCCAGGGCCUGAGUGCAGAGAGAGGAUUCGCAGAUUUUAUUUUUGCUCAUCUUGUAUUGCAUAUAGUUGUUAUCAAUUUCAUAGGUUAAGUUUGUAAGGUAUUGAUUUAAUUCACAAUAAAAUAAAAAUACAGUA